AUGGCACGACUUUUGGAGCAACGAAGGAGUCUAAUCGAAUUGCGCCAAGUGCUACAUAGCUUGCUAAUGAAAAAUCCAACUUUCCUGCCCGGACAAAUUGAAUACAGUAAGGCCCUGUUAAUGGCGCGCGAUUGGGAACGAUGUAUGGAGCAGGUGCAGAGAACUCUGCUUCUUCAGCACGACUGUUUGCCUGUGCGUUUGCUGGACUUAUUUCACGAACUAGCUGUAAAAGGUAGCUUGCAAGCGACCGAGAAUAGUUUACGGGAAGUCGCAGAAAUCAUUCAGAAUAAUGAAGCAAGGAAUCAUAAAUUACACUACGAAAUCGCGCAAAUUCUGUUUCGAACCGCACCAGCCGAUCAUCCAGCAGUGAAAUUCGCCAGGUUUUUUCCUUUUAUUUUUCUUUCACACACGCAUUUUUGA